AUGACCAAGACAUAUCACGCCGUCGCCUCCUCGCGACGAAAGUCGCGCAAGGCUCACUUCAGUGCUCCUUCCAGCGAGCGACGAGUCAUCAUGAGCGCUCCUCUCAGCAAAGAGCUCCGUGAGAAGCACAAUGUCCGCUCCAUCCCCAUCCGCAAGGACGACGAAGUCACCAUCGUCCGGGGCUCCAACAAGGGUCGUGAGGGCAAGGUCACCAGCGUCUACCGUCUCAAGUACGCCAUCCACAUUGAGCGUGUUGUCCGCGAAAAGUCCAACGGCCAGAGCGUCCCCCUCGGCAUCCACCCUUCCAAGGUCGUCAUCACCAAGCUCAAGUUGGACAAGGAUCGUGAAAACCUCUUGGAGCGCGUUGGCAAGGGUCGUGAGGCCAAGAAGGCCGCUCUUUCAGCAUGA